AUGACACGAAUCAUGCGUUCAUUGCACGUGACACCAUGCAUGUGUGAGACGUGCAGUCCAAAGCACAAUUCGAUAAAUGAGCCUCGUGCAAAAGAAGACGUCUCGAAUGUGCUCUCAGCGAUUUUCCCCGGCGCUACACCGCAACAGCUUUCCGGUCUGGCAGAUCUAACCAAGUUGAAUCGCACGCCUGUACCGCCUCCACAACGGAUGGGAUCCGGCUAUGCUGGCCAUCCCGGUGGUGGAAAGGUUCCCAUGCCAGUGGCCCCAGAUAGGAGAGCUGUGGCCGAGUAUGCCCGUGCCUAUGGCGGAGCAGCUGCCGCUAAGCGAUUCGGUAUAGCGCCGCCAGUUUCCACCUAUUAUCAACGGAAGGAUAGCAACAGCACCUUACUAGGAGGAGCGGUCAAUGCUUCACCUGGCCCUUCGUCAGAAGGUGAAGCUGACCCAAUGGGACAGAGCGCUUCGGAAUGUGGCGCUACUGCCGUGGUUACUGCUUCCUCUCAGUUGAAUCCAUCAUCCAUAUCGAAUAUCAGCAACCCUAUCGCGUCGCUCCAACAGCAGCCGACUACACUCGGUUCUUUGCCAACUUCCCAGCCACAAACGGCGUCAGUUUCGGCACCGGCUGCAGGACAGCCCGCAGCCCAAGGAAUGUUCUCACCAGCCAUGGUUGACAUGCUACGAAUGAAUGCUGCCCAUGCAACGGGAUCUCCGGGUUUCUUGCGAGGGCGAGGACGAGGACGUCCGAAAUUGAUCGGUGAUGAACUAGACGCGGAUUUGGUGGAUUACAUGGUGACAGUGAAACAGGCUGAUCCACACGGCCAUCUUACGGCUUCUCAAGCGCUUAUCAUCGCUAAACAAUACAUUCUUGAGAAGGCACCGGGUCUGUUGGAAGAACACGGUGGCCAUGUGAAGCUGAAACUGACGUGGGCAAUGAAGUUGGUGUCGAGAAUUGCUGAGAGACAAAAGGAAAUCGAGCUAGGACUGCCAGCCGGUAGCCUGUCCAAUAUGGGACGGCAUCAACUGAAUAGUCUGAACAAUUCGUUGACUGGAGGUGGAUUCAUGGCCGAUAUGAUGACGCAAAAUAUCCUCAGUCAUCACAUGAUGAUGAAUAUGAACUCGCAAAUCAAGCAAGAAAUGCCACCGGGUUCUGAAGAGCCGAAAGAGGAGAUGCAACCGGCUGUUGGUGCGCCGGAGAUUCUGAACAUCAAGGAAUUGAAUCUGCCUUUCCUGAACAAUUUGUUUGGGUGUUCCGAUGAGAACUCAGGUGUGAUCGAGGGUGAACUACCAGCAUCAGCGGCACCACCUGAACACGACCAGGAGAUGAACCUUGGUAAUGUCGGAAACUAA